AUGGAGGAAAUGAUACGCCUUGGUCAAGACGAUGAUUCCACAGCCACGGCUAGCCCGCACCGACGAUCCCCGUCCGGUUCGGGCCUGCUUUCUAGACUCACCUUCAUGCAAGGAGCUGCCGACAUCAAACCGCAGACAAAGGCAGACGACGACGAGGAGAGCGUGCUGCAAAGCACCGCCAUGGCCGCCGCAGUCCACCAGCACAAGACUCGACAACGCAGAGGGUCCCUUAGAAAGGUGGCCCUGCUCGGGAGGGGGGCCCAGCGGGAGAGGAGGGAUGACAUCUUGUUGACCGUCGCCAACCCUCACCAUGUCGGCUUGGAUUCUGAUACGUCAAGGCCGUCCACUGGCGCCAUCGUCAUCGACCACGAUCCCCUCGGUUUCAAGCUUGUCGAUUCCCCGCACCGGGCGCGAGCCAAUGGCCAAGGCGGUCAAUCCACUACGGCCAGUCACUCGCAGUCGUCGGCAUCGACCACAGGGACCGCCGCCGGGUCCCGGUCCCAUACCGAUCGAGAUGGAGAGCGUUCCAACUCGUACACAUCGACGACAGACGAGGAAGACUUGUUGCAAAUACCAUCCACCUCACUGGCACCGCCCCGGAACGGAAUGUCGACUUCCGGCUCAGACUCGUACUUUGCGAACCGUGGAACGGGCAACCCUCGGCGAUCAUUCCGCCAAGUCAAGUCCCCGCUGUCGGUUGACGGCAUAUCGACCAACGCGCUGCCGUCGGACUCGGACUGGGACUAUACCGAGACGGAGUGGUGGGGAUGGGUCGUCCUCACCGUCACCUGGUUCGUCUUCAUCAUCGGCAUGGGCUCUUGCCUCGAGAUAUGGAGCUGGGCCUGGGAUGUGGGCAAGACUCCGUACGCGCCCCCGGAGCUCGAGGACGACCCGACGUUGCCCAUCGUCGGAUACUACCCGGCACUCAUCAUCAUGACCGGCGUCAUGGCCUGGGUCUGGGUCGUUGUAGCAUGGGUCGGGAUGAAAUACUUUCGGCACGCCAAAAUCAGCGGCGAUUAG